UAGAUACAACCUUAAUGGAUUCCUUUGGAAAAUCCGGCAGGUCAACAGAACUCCUGACUGAAGACGACAGAGCUCAGUUUUCUUCGUGGAUCGGUCAGAGAUCACGUUGUGAGUUGCUGUACAAAAUUAGCAGGGAUGGUUGUAGUUCUAAAACUUUUCAUCAACUCUGUGAUGGAAAAGGUCCCACCGUCACUAUCCUAUACAACACAGAUAACACCGCUUAUGGAGGGUACCUGUCUCAGAGUUGGGCGUCAUCUGGAACCCACAUCAAAGACCUAGAGAGUUUUUUGUUUACUUUAUCCUAUAAUGGCGUCCAAAAUAGAAGAAAAUUCCCAGUAACCAAUCCUAAAAAGGCAGCUUUUGGACACGUAUAUUUCGGACCAACUUUUGGAGUUGUUAAUGAGUCAAAUUGGUUUGAAAGGGAACUCUCAAAGUUUCCAUCAAAAUUACUUUUGGAAAAUUCAUCUGAUCUGACAACUUUUAGAGACACGGUCACUGCAUCACGAGACAAGGGCAGCGACACUUAUUUCUUCAAUCUGAACGGACGAUCAGAUUUUGGUUUGGCUUACCAAAAACCAACAGUUAAUAUGAAUGCAAUCAACAAUGGUCACAUGUGUGUCUUUGAUCUAGAAGUGUAUUUAGUUAAAGUCGAUGAACAGAUGCCAAGUUUGAAAGGGCCUGAUUUAACAGUCAUAUUAUCUAAACCAUGGAGACAGCCACCUCUAUGGAAUGAACAGAAUUUGCAGUGUUUGAAAGACUUUGUCUCCAGUUACAAGCCUUUACCUGAUAUGAAGAUCUCAGAGGUCAAUAUUUUACUGGUAGGACAGAUCAACGCUGGAAAGUCUAGUUUUUUCAACUCUUUGAAUUCUAUUUUCCGAGGGGAAAUUUCUUCACGUGCGUGCGCCGGUACUUCACCCCACAGUCUUACAACAAAUCUUCGAAAAUACAGAAUUCGGAACCGUGAAACAGAAAGCUAUCUGAAUUUCCGUCUUUGUGACACCCGUGGAUUGGAGGAAGAAAUGUCCAUGCAUCUACAGGACAUGGCGCUUCUUCUGGAUGGACAUUUAUCAGACCAGUACAAAUUCAACCCAAUGGCGCAUGCUACCCAACGAGAUCCGGGAUUUGUCCUUAACGCGACGUUUCAGGACAAGAUUCACUGUGUUGCUUUUGUAGUGGACGCCAGUUCAAUUGACGUCCUUCAAGCAAACGUUUCACAGAAACUGCUUCAUUUUCGUUCCUUGAUAGUAGAAAGGGGAAUUCCAAAUGUAGUUUAUCUGACAAAACUAGACAAGGUGUGUCCAGUUGUUGACGAAGAUGUUCGAAGAGUCUAUCACAGCCAAGCCUGCAAACAAGCCCUAGAAACUGCGGCUGACGUAAUAGGAAUUCCUCGUGGUCACGUGUUUCCUGUCAAAAAUUAUGAAAAAGAGAGCCAACUGCAAACAAAUAUCAGUAUUCUGGCACUGACUGCAAUGAGACAGACUCUAGUGUUUGCAGAUGAUUACUUGGAGGACAAAUAUGAACUCAGCCAAUCCCAACAGUAAAUCUGUUAUUGAUAACAGAAGUUCAAAACUUACACUUACACAAAGCAUUUCAAAUAUGAAAUGGCAUUUGCAAACAUCAAAUAAAUAUAUAAUUUUUUUUAUCAAUAACAUUUGAUGCUGUUUUUGAUCAUUAAUAAGGUUUUGAGAUUCUGUAUAACAUGAGUCUUUU